AUGGCACAAAAUGGGAAAGACGACCAAUCGAAUGCGAAUGGAAGAAGUGACAAGGGAAAAGGCAGAUCAGAAGGUCAGAGGGAGGAUGGAGUGGCAGCAGGGUCGGGUCUUCUUCGUUCUGUAGUCGAAUCAGCAAGGUCCAGCGUUACUCCACAAGCAUUGGCAUCAGCAAUGGCAUCGGGAGGCAAGGGAAUUUCUGGCGUACACAAUGAUGGCUCGAUGCAAAGGAUAAAAGAUCUAGGAGGCGCCGAUAUUGGCGGAUCCAGCUCGACAUCAAUAACGAGAACCGCAUACCAGAACGGCAAAUCAAUACGAUCGACGCCCGCCCAGACCGACGGAACAGAUGCAUACAACCAAUUCUCCCAAGAGGCUACCCUUGCAGAUCGCUUUGGCAGCUCGCUUCAGCUUGACAACAAUCAGGACAGAUCCCAGCCAUCGUCAUCUGCAUAUGUUGGUGCAUAUGCUACAGCAUCACAUCUGGACGGGCCAUUGCAUGAGCAAGUCCGAUCAGCAUCUAAUGGCGAUCUAGAAGAAGCAUGGAAUGAUGUCAACCCUCAACAGUAUCCCGAAACAGUCUAUGAUCCAGCUUAUCAUGAUGCAUGGGCAAGUUCUGUUCCAGCUCCCAUGUUCCCUAGUCGUUGGGAUGCAGGUCAGCGUGGAGAAGCCUUUCAUGAUUUGCAGCAAAGGUUGAAUGCAGAGGGCGAGAAUGCAGGUGUUUCAGCACAACAGCUUGACUUCAUGGGCACGUUGGCAGUCGAGGAAGAGCAAGAACAGAGAGGAGCAUCGAGUAGUAUACCUACCUCGCUCCCACAAACAUGGAGACCGCCAACGCCAAGUCAGCGACCGAUUCUCACUCAGGAGCAAUAUGAAAUGCAUCGUCGCUUAGCAGAACAGCAAGACAGCGAAGAAGGACAACGAGCGGAUGAGCGGAUCAGACCGCCUGAUGAUGAUCAACAAGCACGAUCAGGAGUGUAUGCAGCCACGCCAGAAGAUGCUUUACGAGCAAUUUGGGAUGGAGGUGCAGAGGGAGAACGUGCUUCUCAGCAUGUUCGAAAUGUGAAUGAGAUUCGAUCAACCGAUGCUGCCAACGUUGUACGAAAGAUCAGAAGGUUACUCAAACGUGGCUCAUAUGCAGAUGAUGUCUAUGGUCUUCCUCCCGCUCUAGUCGAAACGCUCGCACAAGCUGAAGAGCCUGAAACGGAUGCCAAUCGUGAUUCGAGGGCAAAGGCGAUUGCCCGAUUAGGUGCAUUGUACAAUCAUUUGGAAGGGGCCGAGCCUCAAAAUGUUGAUAGGAUAGUGCGAAAUUGGUGA